AUACAAUCUUCAAAACUGACUGAAGAAGCCAGGGGAAUAGGUAGCCACAUCCCAUUUGCAGAUGAGAAAGGGGGUAAUGCAGUAUCUGCACAGCCAGACGUCUGAUGCAGUUCUCUCUUUAUGCACAUAAAGCAGCUACAAAUGACACGGCUUAUUUACUUUGCACCGGACACUGUGCUGAGCACCUUAUGCACAUGAAUUCAUUUAAUCCACACAACCACCUCAUGAGACUCUCCUGAAAGUGCAGCCGUAAUGGAGUUCAUGAGCACUGGAAGUGACAAUAAAGAAGAAAUUGAUUUAUUGAUUAAACAUUUAAACGUGUCAGAUGUAAUAGACAUUAUGGAAAAUCUCUAUGCAAGUGAAGAGCCAGCAGUUUAUGAACCCAGCCUACUGACUAUGUGUCAAGACAGUAAUCAAAAUGAGGAACGUUCGGAGUCUCUGCUGCUAAGUGGCCAAGAGGUGCCUUGGUUGUCAUCAGUCAGAUAUGGAACUGUGGAGGAUUUGCUUGCUUUUGCCAACCACAUAUCCAAUACCACAAAGCAUUUUUAUGGACACCGACCACAGGAAUCUGGAAUUUUAUUAAACAUGGUAAUCACUCCCCAAAAUGGACGUUACCAAAUAGACUCAGAUGUCCUACUCAUCCCUUGGAAGCUGACCUACAGGAAUAUUGGCUCCGAUUUCAUUCCUCGGGGGGCCUUUGGAAAAGUGUACCUAGCACUAGAUAUGAAGACAAAGAAAAGAAUGGCGUGUAAGCUGAUCCCAGUGGAUCAAUUUAAGCCGUCCGAUGUGGAAAUCCAGGCUUGCUUCCGGCAUGAGAACAUCGCUGAGUUAUAUGGUGCAGUCCUUUGGGGUGAAACUGUCCAUCUCUUUAUGGAAGCAGGCGAAGGAGGGUCUGUUCUGGAGAAGCUGGAGAGCUGUGGACCAAUGAGAGAAUUCGAAAUUAUUUGGGUGACAAAGCAUGUUCUCAAGGGACUUGAUUUUUUACACUCAAAGAAAGUGAUUCACCAUGACAUUAAGCCAAGCAACAUUGUUUUCAUGUCCACAAAAGCUGUUUUGGUGGAUUUUGGCCUAAGUGUUCAGAUGACUGAAGAUAUCUAUUUUCCUAAGGACCUUCGAGGAACAGAGAUUUACAUGAGCCCAGAGGUAAUCCUGUGCAGGGGCCAUUCAACCAAAGCAGACAUCUACAGCCUGGGGGCCACACUCAUCCACAUGCAGACGGGCACCCCGCCCUGGGUGAAGCGUUAUCCUCGCUCAGCCUAUCCCUCCUACCUGUAUAUAAUCCACAAGCAAGCGCCUCCAUUAGAAGACAUAGCAGAUGACUGCAGUCCAGGCAUGAGAGAGUUGAUAGAGGCUGCCCUGGAGAGGAAUCCCAAUCACCGCCCAAGAGCAGCAGACCUACUAAAACAUGAAGCCCUGAACCCCCCCAGAGAGGAUCAACCACGCUGUCAGAGUCUGGACUCUGCCCUGUUUGAGCGGAAGAGGCUGCUGAGUAGGAAGGAGUUGGAACUUCCUGAGAACAUCGCUGAUUCUUCAUGCACGGGAAGCACUGAAGAAUCUGAGGUGCUGAAGAGACAACGUUCUCUCUACAUAGACCUUGGAGCGCUGGCCGGCUAUUUCAACCUUGUUCGGGGUCCACCAGCACUAGAAUAUGGCUGAUUGAUGGUGGCGUGUGCUCUAAAUUAAGACAGCAUUUAUCUGCUGGACGUUGGUUCUGCUGACUCUCCACAGUGGCUCUGUAUAGUGAAUUGUGGCAUUUAUUGGGGGGCAGGGUGGGCUCCAAUGACUCAUGAGUGGGACUCCAAGUGACCCUUGUGCGUUUGAUUUGUGAAGCUGCUCUAGUAUACACCAGGUCUAAAGUUCUCAUUUCUCAGGUGGUGUGACUCAAAGGAAAGACGUUUAGAGCUCAUGGAGGGAUCAUUUCUGGUGACUGAUUCUAUUCACUGUGCACUUUGCUCAAAAUUUUAAAAAUACCAAUCACAAGGAUAAUAUAUUAGCCUAAAAUUACUAUUCCUGGUUCUCAUGGGAUCUUCAUUUAACUCAGAAUAGUUGUUUUGUGUAUAUUGGUGUAGACUUUGUCAGUAGAUUUUAGUAUAAAUUGAAUUCAUUAUAUUUAGGUGAAUAGAACUUGGUUUUUGUAGCAAUAAGCUGAACUAGUGUCUUAAAAUGGCUGGUAAAUUAGGAGCCAUCUGACAGCAGGCCACUAGUGACAGUUUCUGUUCUGUUCCUAUGGAAACAUUUUGUAUUGUACAUGCUAUGCUUAAAACAUUUAAAACACGAUGUUUUAAAUGUGGAUAAAACUGUGUAAACCACAUAAUUUCUGUACAUCCCAAAGGAUGAAAAUGUGAGCUUUAAAAAAAUGGAAACUUUUGUAAAUUCUUGAUAAUGCUACUUUUGUAAUUUUUAUGACUCUAUUUUCUUUUAAGCAUUUGUAUAUUAAAAUAGCAUACUGUGUAUGUUUUAUAUCAAAUGCCUUCAUGAAUCUUUCUUUUAUAUAUAUAUUUAAAAUUGUAAAAUAUGUGAGUAUUCCUACUGAAAGUAUGUUUUUACAUUAUGCAAAUGAACCCCAACACUUUUAUCCAAUGUGAUUGGUCACAUCACUGAAUAAAUUCAGUAUUUUGCCUUAA